AUGGAUUGUGUAACAAGAAAUUGGAGCGUAAAAUGCCUAGAGAUGAUUCUGGUAAGAUUGGAUUCAUUGGAAGAUAAGCAGACGAAAGUGGCAAACGAAAUUGAGAAUAAACAUGAGAUGUUAGAAAGUAAAAUUAAACUAAUUGAUAAGUACCUGAGGGAAGUUGAUUUGGUGCUGGAUAAGAAAAACAAGUUCGACGAAAUAGAUACGUUGAGGGAAAAUGUGCAAAUUAUCAUCAACAAUCACUCAAACAAUUACCAAAAGUUCUUUUGCUCCCUUAACAAUAAUAUCAAAGCGUAUAUAAAUGAAAACUUGGACAUUGAAGAUGGCCUGAUUGAAUAUAAAAAGGACGCGAGUUAUUUGGAUGAGAGUUACAACCAGCUACUCCAGUUGAUUUACACGAUCCAGGUCCAAUUUAACAGUUUAGACAACAGUUAUAGCGGCACUCUAGAUGAUAUAACAAAAUCGAUACAAAUAGAGACUAAAAAGCUGAGUUCGGCCUUUCAAAUUUACACUCAAGUAGGUUAUAGCAAAUUAUUGGACGACGUUAAAGAGUUGCUGUCCACAUCAGUGAGUGAAAUUAAGACAUCGCGCGAGGCCAACGAGGACUACAUUUUGAACAACCUGGAAGCCGCAAGUAACUUAACUGAAUUUAUUAAAAUGUACUUAGUGAACAAAUUCGAGGACUUUGAGUAG